AUGGAUGGACGAGGUAAACCCACCGCUUUCAUGGACGUACAUGGCACUCACUGGAUGCUCCAGAAAACGCUCACGACGGUCAAGGCUCUGCAAGAGAAGUUGAGCAUGCCACCAAGCAAGUUUCACGAUCCUGAACUCGCCACCGAAGAACAGGAGAUACUGGAACACUACAAGGAGUGGAUUCACUUCAACCACACCGAUUUCGGCAACAAGGAAAGGGCCAAAUCCUUCUACGAUCUGCCCGAGACCAUGUUCUAUGAUCUGAUGAAGCAGAUCCCCCGUGGAGGCUUCGGGGCUCACUACGACAGCAUCGAUGCAUAUUACGAUGAUUCUCACCUCGCCAUCAAAGACCUGGAGAUUGUUGCCGUCUCAAAGGAUUUCGGAUAUGCCACUACGAUCCAAAGGUAUUGGGGCACCGGGACAGAUGGGAAGGAGUUCUCCUUCACUUUCCGCAUGACCAGCUUGCUCAGGAAGAUCAAUGGCCAAUGGAAGUGGAUUCAUGAGCAUGUUUCGUUCCCUGCUGAUCUGGAAAGCGCAAAGAGCGACUGGACCUGUGGCACGGGAACUUCAGGCAAGCCGACUUAG